AUGCUGCCCAUCCUCCUGAUGUUGAUUAUUGCUACCUGCUGUGGAAGGUCUUUUCCAACAGGGGUCAGUGACCCACUCAACACAAAUGCUGAAGAGGAUGUUCUGAGGAUACUGGGGGGGGGUGCGUCAGCGGCUCAACUGGCAGGACCCUCAUCCAUAUUCUCUCCCCGACUCCCUGUGGAGGUGGAUAACAACAGACUGGAGAUGAUGGAGCUGCCCAGGAGUUUAUGGUGGUUCUCUAAGGAGAUGGCCAUCCCGGAAACGAAGAAGAGGCGUAAUUUGUCCUCGUACAAUCUGAACUCUUUUGGCCUCCGCUAUGGAAAAUGA